AUGCAGGGGUCCAACAUCGACGCUACGACGCAGACGCUGAUUUCGAUGCAAAUGCGGGGUGAGAAGACGAGUCCGAUAAGGCAAGCUGACCCGUUUGAGGCUGACACUGCGACUUUUUCACUGUUGAGCAGAAGAAACAAGAUUGUGCGUCAUCCGACGCGGCGAACCCGCCGAGGGAGACGAUGUCGGGGCGAAAAUCGAUCAAAUAAGGCGUUCUUUCCUUUCAAUACGUUGCGAGAGGUAAAGCUUGGCUUCUGA